CGUAAAGAACAUAAUAGGGAUAUAGUGGGCACAUUGUGGCGAUAAUCCUCGUGUCAUGGUGCUCACGAGGGCGGACUGGAACAACGACGUCCGGUCAGCUCGGUGUCUCCUCGGUCGAGAGCAGAACAGGAAACAAACCGGGUGAAUUAUACACCGUGUCGGCGGUCACAUGUCGUGCAGCGGGCUCCUGAAUGAUUUAAAGCUUUUUACAUCAUCGGCCUCACCCUCCCUCCCCUCCGCCUCCCUCCCUCGCGCUGAUGCACCGCGCAGCCCGGAGAUGCUGAUGCUGGUGACCGACUGCAGCAUCCGACAUGGGCAUCCUUUAAUCCCGCCACAAUAGCUUUCUCACCAUGUGGGGAACAACUACGAUGGCAUUUCACUAAACCUGGAAAAGAGACAAGAGGCAAGGGCAGCAACACGAAAGAUCCUUCUUUUGAAUAUACCAUCAUUUGGAAAAGGAAUACUCUUUUUCCACAGUGCGUCCAAGGAAACAGUGAACUUACCAAUAAGAACUUCCUGCUCUUCUUCCCUUUGACUCUGACCCUUGACCUUGAGCUCUCACUAUGAGCAGUCUGUUAGUGAAGCUAGACCCUCGGAGGGUACAAUGGGGCUCCACGUGGAACACCUUCACGUCCCGCGUCCUGAGGACCAAACCGGUGGAGUCCAUGUUGGAUUCAGCCACGACGGGCACAGGCGCUCAUGGGACCAAACUGGCCCGGGUCUUAUCCACAGUGGACCUGGUGUCGCUGGGCGUGGGCAGCUGCGUGGGGACGGGGAUGUACGUGGUCUCUGGACUGGUUGCCAAGGAGAUGGCCGGUCCGGGGGUCAUUGUGUCCUUCAUUAUCGCCGCUGUGGCCUCCAUACUGUCGGGAGUGUGUUAUGCAGAGUUUGGCGUGCGGGUGCCUAAGACCACAGGAUCGGCCUACACCUACAGCUACGUGACGGUGGGCGAGUGCGUGGCGUUUUUCAUCGGCUGGAACUUGAUCCUGGAGUAUCUGAUCGGCACGGCCGCGGGGGCGUCGGCUCUCAGCAGCAUGGCGGACUCACUGGCCAAUCACACUAUCAGCAACUUUAUGAUCACACACAUCGGAACGCUCAGCGGCUUAGGUAAAGGCGAGCAGUCGUACCCCGACCUGCUGGCGCUGGUCAUCGCUCUGCUGGUGACGGUCAUCGUGGCUCUGGGAGUGAAGAACUCUGUGGGCUUCAACAACGUGCUGAACGUCAUCAACCUCGCAGUGUGGGUGUUCAUGAUGAUCGCCGGGCUGUUCUUCGUCAACGGAGAGAACUGGGACGAUGGGAAAUUCCUGCCCUUCGGCUGGUCGGGGGUUUCUGUGAUCCUGACUCUGAUGGUGCCGUACGAUGAGAUUGACGCAGACGCUCCGCUCAUGGAGAUGUUUGCCGUGCAUGGCUGUAUGUUCGCAAAGUAUAUCGUGGCGGUGGGCUCCAUAGCAGGACUCACUGUAUCCCUCCUGGGGUCCCUGUUCCCCAUGCCCAGGAUCAUCUAUGCCAUGGCAGGGGACGGCCUGCUGUUUAAGUUCCUGGCCAAUGUGUCUCCAUACACAGAGACCCCUGCUGUGGCGUGUGUGGUGUCGGGCUUCCUGGCUGCCCUGCUGUCUCUCAUGGUCAGCCUCAGAGACCUCAUAGAGAUGAUGUCCAUAGGGACUCUGCUGGCCUACACCCUG